AGAAUAGUAUUUCUGGAAUAAAUUACAAUUCAUUUCUUUGUAGUAAUUGAAUCGCUCCAAGUUAUCUCUUGUUGCUCCACGUUUAAAUUCUCGUCAAUAUAAUGAUAAGGACUUAUACAAAGAUUCUAGAUAUUUUCAGCGCUAUUUCUUAUCACCGGGCCUUUGUGUGAAAAGUCACUUCCAUCAAUUUGACCGGCUACUUUUUCCGAUCGAACUCCGAUCAACUUAACUAUAGCAAUUAAUUUAACCGGCAGAUUUGCUAACUGCAAAAUUUUUAAUUAUUUCAUUGUCUAACCCUUUUCUAAUCUUUUUAUUCCGUUCUAAAUGUGAAAUAAAAAUACGAGGGUUUCGAUAUCGAAAACGUGGCGGUGUGUUUUGAUUCGGGGGAAAAAAAUGUAUGAAUUAAAAAUUGCUCGCAACGAAGGCACAAACGUGGUUUCUGAUUCUUGUUCGCUCCAUUUUUAUCAAGUUGUAUAACAUACAUUUUUAUUUACUUCGAUACCUUUAUAAAUAUCAAUUUUAACAGCAUUUUUUACAUUGUAGUAUUUAAUUAUAUUACAUAUAUCAAUACAUUGCACAGUAAUAAAGACGACCUCAACCUUCAAUUUUAUUUUAAAUAAUGACCCAAUUGAUUUUUCCUUUUCUUCGUACGUAUACGCUGAUUAAUUGUUGCGUUGAACAUCAAAUGAAUAACGUUCUUUAUUACUGUGCUUUAAUAUCAGACUUUUUAUUUCGAAAUAAUUACGAGAGUUUCCCGUUGUCUGUGAUAUUAGAAUUCUAUGUACACAUACAUAUUACAUAUUUUUAAUCGUAAUUUUUGUAAUAAUAUAAUUUUCUUUCUCUUCAAAAUUAAUUUCCUAUUUAUAAUGUUAUUUACAGUUUUAUUUAUAAUUUAUGUAUCAACAGAUAUAAGUAUAUGGAGCACAUUUUUUCUUACAUUUGUCUUUUCAUAUUGCAGGUUCAAUAGGAAUAUAAAAUCUACAAUUCCAGUAACUGUCUUUAAGAGGUUUGUUGCUUUCUCUGCAUGUACAUGAAUACCCUUUGAUACUCAGUUCAACUACAUUAUUAUAACAUGGGUCAUAGUAAACUCACACUCAUCUAUUAUAGAUACCAAAGAUGUCUUAUGAGAUUGCGAACAAUCUGCAACGACAGGAGGACGAAGUGGCUAUCCUUUCCAGUAUCUUCGACGAGACAGAGUUCUUUUACACGAAAAGCGAAUGCAUAAAAUGCUCGAUCAGCAUAUCUCCAAAUUGUUGUAGAAAACUGAAAUUAAAGUUCACUGACAAUUGUCCCGAUGGGGAGGAAGCUGUUGCCGACGAUAUCUUUGUUGAGCACUUGCCGCCAAUCAAAAUGUACAUGUACCUCCCUAAUACAUAUCCAUCCGAAACACCUCCGGAUUUCUGCCUUUCCAUAACAUGGUUGACGCCUUGGGAGAUAUCUUUCAUUUGUCAGAGAUUUGACGAGAUGUGGAGAGAGAACCAGGGCAACGAGAUCAUCUUUCUGUGGCUAAGUUUUCUACAAAAUGACAUUUUUGACUUUCUAAAAAUAGAAGAAUCCUUAGACGUUUCCUUCUUGCAUUUAAUUUACAAGUCACAAAAUAUCGUCUUGUCACGCCUAGUCCAAUUGUCCGAUCCCAGAGCUCAGAACGGUGCAUUGUCAUUUGAUGUGAAAAGAUUGUUAAUAACUUACGACAAGAAGCAACAUAAGGUGCAAUUUCGCAAGAACGUUUAUACCUGCCACAUAUGCUUCGAGGAAUGCUUAGGACAGAACUGUAUAGAACUGGAAAUCUGUGAGCACGUAUACUGCAAAAAUUGUAUGGAGAAGUAUGUGGCCAUCAGUAUUGGCGACUCCAACAAUGCUAUAUUGUGCCCGACGACAGAUUGUAGGCGCAAGAUAAGCGAUGACGACGUCAAGACUCUCUGUCCAGAUUUGUUUCACAAAUACGAGCAGAUCAUGUUACGAGUGACAUUAAACACUAUGGAAGACAUAGUGUAUUGUCCACGAAUUUCAUGUCAAUAUCCGGUUAUUAGAAACCCGAACGAUGACGCACCGAUUUGUCCCGUAUGCAACUACUGCUUCUGCGUCUUUUGCCGUCAGUCGUACCAUGGACAAGAGUCAUGCGAGAUGACAUCGGCCUAUAUUGCGGAGCUCACUGAAAAGUACAAAAACAGCAACGACAAGGAGAAGAAGAUGCUGGAGAAGAAAUAUGGCAAGCGGCAAAUGCAAAUAGUCGAAAGGUGUCUUACAACCGAGUAUCUGAAAGACAACGCGAAAAGUUGCCCGAAGUGCCAUUCUUUCAUUAGCAAGACUGACGGUUGCAACAAAAUGACAUGUGCACAUUGCCAAGCUUUCUUUUGCUGGCUGUGUAACAAGCAGAUAUACGGAUACGAGCACUUCAACAGUGCCGACAGUCCGUGUUUUGGCCUUUUGUUCGAAGGCAUGCAGAACGUUAUGGAUUAUGAGGAUAAUAUAGAAGAAUUAUUUGAGCAAUUCAAUUUUUAAAUGUCUAUCAUAUAAU